AUGGCAGUUGAAAUCACUGUGGCGCUCCUCAGCGGUCAGGCCAUGUCUCUCAAUUGUUCACCAGAGACUCCAUUGCGGGAUGUGAAGAUGGCUGCCCGCGACCAUUUUCAGAUAGGUUUCUGCAGGCUUGUAUCAGCUAGUGGCGGGGUGCUGGACCCAAGGAGCACAGUGCUGGACCUAGGUGAGGACACGCACAUCACUGCCGUUCUAACCUCAGUGACAGUGCAUUCCUGGCCAUGUGGGCCCAACUUCUUUGCGAUUUCAAGCUCUGGCUUCGUCGUGCCUUGGGGAUCGUAUCCAACACCACCUGAGGUUCUGCAAGACAUACGAUGCAUCCAACAGACGGGCAUGGGCUAUGCCUAUGCUGCCAUCCGACACGAUGGCUCCGUCGUAUGCUGGGGUGACUCUGAAAGAGGCGGCGACUGCAGCGAAGUGCAAGGCGAACUGACAGAGGUUGUAGCUAUUCAACCAAGUACAUGUGCGUUUGCUGCGAUCCGGGCAAAUGGCACCGUGGUUUGCUGGGGUGACCCUGAACACGGAGGUGAUAGCAGUGAAGUGCAGAGCCAACUCACGGGGGUUGUAAGUGUUCAGGCAACAAGUGGUGCUUUCGCCGCCGUCCGGGCAGAUGGGGCAGUUGUCACUUGGGGGAACCCAGACGAAGGCGGUGAUAGCACCGCUGUGCAAGAACAGUUAAAGCAAGUGGUGCAGAUUCAGUCAAGCGUCAUGGGUUUUGCAGCCAUCCGCGCCGACGGCCAAGUGAUUGCUUGGGGCAGCCCAGGGGAUCACCUUGAUGAACCCGAGGUGCAACGCAAACUGCGGAAUGUAACACAGAUCCAAGCGACCGCGCUCGCUUUUGCAGCUGUUCGUGCUGAUGGUUCUGUGGCCACCUGGGGCCUUUCUAUGGAGGGGGACAGCAGCCAGGUACAGCAACAGUUGCAAGAUGUGCAGAACAUCCAGGCAAAUGGAAGUGCUUUUGCUGCCAUCCGAGGCAACGGCACCGUUGUUGCUUGGGGGGAUGCGCGAUCGGGUGGUGAUAGCAGCACGGUGAAUCAACAAUUGGGAGACCAAGAGGCUCUAGAUGACAGCGAUCGUGCAAGCAUGCAGCAUCAGCUGCCGAGGCUGGUGCAAGUUCAGGCCACGGACCGUGCAUUUGCUGCUAUUCGUCUUGAUGGCCGAGUGGUUGCUUGGGGUGAUCCUGCCCAUGGUGGCGACACGAGCCAAGUCCAACAACACCUGUUCAAUAUCCAGCAGGUUCAGGCCACUUCCGGUGCGUUCGCUGCAAUCCGAAGCGAUGGUCCGGUCUUCGUCUGGGGUGAUCCGGUGAGAGGUGGGGACAGCAGCCAGGUGCAAGACCAACUGACGCAAGUUCAGUACAUUCAGGCCAAUAAUUCCGCAUUUGUGGCAGUGAGGAAGAAUGGAACCUUGGUCACCUGGGGAGACCCAGAAUCUGGUGGCGACAGUAGCCAAGUUCAAGAGCUGUUCGAGCUGCUUUGA